CUCACCCAUACCAGUUUCCUGGAAGUACUAGCUUGUAGUCGCUUUUUCUAAGCCGGGAGAUUCGAUUCGAUUCAUGCAGGUCGGCAUGGCAAAUGAGAAGCCUAAAGCUCCGGCUAAUAUAACUAUGUUCCUUUCCCCCCAAAGGUCAGCAGUUGGAUAUUAACAGGAUUGAUUCAUCGAUUCAAUCUUCGCACUAGCUAGUCUAACCAGACACGUCGCUCUACCGGUAUCGAGGUUGCAUGUGAGAGCUCAUGUUUAAAUGUUGUGAGACGUCGCUCGGCACAUUGGGCAUAAAACAGCUCCAUAAAUUCAGGCAUCAGUCCGGUCACGGAAGUGGCACCAUGGCCGAUUUUGCCGUUGCUCGAUCGAGUCCGGGGAAUUCGGCCCGACAUCAUCCUACUACUACAGUAGAUGAUCUCAUUUUAACAAGAUGAGAUGGCCCAAAGCUGGCUUCGUGCUUCUCUUGUUGGCGUUUGCCACCAAGGCUUCAGCUCUCGAGUAUGAGCCGGGCAAUCUGGAAGGCGUUGACCAGGACAUGUACCUUUCAAAAGGCUUGUCGGCCAAGAUCAUUGCAAGGUCAGGAGAACCCGUAGCCUACUUUGAUGGCACCAGUUCGACGGAAAACUUCCACUCCGAUCCUGAUGGUGCGGCAGUAUUUGAAGAUGAAAGCGAGGCGAAUUUAGGUGGAUGGGUGUAUGUCAGCAACAGCGAAGCUGAUUUUGGAAACGGAGGUGUAGGAGCCAUCAAGUUUGAUCCCAAUGGCAAUGUCAUCGACUACAAGAUGGUUCUCACGGGCACUAGUCGAAAUUGCAAUGGCGGAAAGACGGACUGGCAAAGCUGGAUUUCGUGUGAGGAGGACCUUUUCGGACAGGGCAAGAUAUACCAAGUGGAUCCUUUCGGUGAAAAGGAUCCUGUGAUGAUUGCGCUCGGCAACCAAGGAGGAGUCUGGGAGGCUUUCGCUCAUGAUACUAGAGAUCCAGAAGUGCUCUAUGCCUUCAUCACCGAAGACACAGAGGAUGGAGCUGUCCAGAGGAUGACGUACCAAAAUCCCAAUUACACCUAUGCUUGGGAUAUACUCAUUGAGAGCGCCCCCCUGGACUAUUUGUACCUUGAACCCGCAAACGAUAGCAGUGGCACAUUCAAAUGGAUCCCAGACGAGGCAGAAGCAAGAGCCAAUGCAGAGUCGUACUAUCCCAGCACGGAAGGAAUGAAGAUGGAUGGAAAUAUACUACGGGUUGUCUCUAAAGGGCUGGAAGGUUUCUUUGAGCUCGAUUUGGAUGAAGGCAAUUAUACGUUUGAAGUUCCAGACUUUGAUGGCCAACCCGACCAAUCCACAACCGUGGUUCAAGAUGAUGGAAGCAAACUUAUAUACUUUACGGAAGAAGCACAUCCCUUUUGGGGGUUCUUUGGUUCCCAAGUUGGACUGUACACACGAGACGAAGCCGGAGAGUACACGACCAUUCUCUUUGGAGACGAUUAUUCGCCAGAAACCACAGGGGUUGCGUUUUCCCCCGAUGGUUUGCACAUGUACUUUGCCUACCAAACAGAUGGCUACCUCUUUGAUGUAACUCGAACGGAUGGUCUUUCUUUCUUCUCACCUGCAACUCCAGCAGAAGUAACUGAUGAUGGUGGUGAUGAGUCCAUCUUGGACUGGAUUGGAGGAUUGCUCUUCCCUGCAGCAGAGGGACAGGAUCUACCUUAGUAUCUACAUGUAGUUACUACUACUAGCUAGCGCUAGUCAUACCGUACCAGGUACCGUACCAUUGCUUCUGUGUUGGAAUGCAAAUUGGGGGACCAUUUUUCUUAACAAAGAGGUGAUAACAUCAUAAAAUUCUGGGUCUGUGGGCAUUCCUUAUAGUACAAGGGAGUCCCUUAGACCCUCACUUCUUGAUUGUUGGUCACUUCCUGGACUGUAAAUUGGCCCCCCCUUUUCAAGAGGGUGCUUGCCAUCCCAAGCAGCCAUAUCUAGAUAACCAUAUCUCAGCCAAAACUCAACCUUUUUCGAAGAUUUUUGCUUGGAAUGAUAUCUACUCUUUUUGGAGAACUCAGAACUGUCUAUUAUCUUCAAGCUAUUAUCUAUUAUCUUCAAGAUAAUAGGAUUCCUAGAACACCCAUAUUCUAGGUGGGUAGCUUUACAGGGGUAUAUCUACCCAAAAUAUGGUGGGGCA